AUGGAUCUUCCAACAGCCGGAUUCCUAUCCGCGCUACGACGGUUCAUUGUACACCACGGAUUACCGUCGCAAAUUCAUUCCGAUAAUGCAACUAAUUUUCAAGGUUCGAAGCAUGAACUACACGAACUGUACACGAUCCUCAACAGUAAAUCUGGCCAGCAAAUUAUCGGAACGGAACUGUCCCACCAAGAAAUCACCUGGCACCUAAUUCCAUCCCGCGCUCCCAAUUUCAGUGGAUUAUGGGAGGCAGCAGUGCGAUCUGCAAAGACCUGUCUGAAAAAAGAAAUAGGUAUCAGCCAAUUGAGUCAUGAGAACUUUUGCACCUUGCUUGUACAAAUAUCGGCCGCUUUGAACUCUAGACCUCUAGCCCCCUUAUCGAACGACCCAAGAGAUCUAGAUGCCCUUACGCCAGCCCAUUUUUUAAUCGGGUCAUCAAUGAAAGCUAUUCCUGAUCCCGAUUCAACCGCCAUACCCACAAACCGCUUAGACCAUUACCAGCAACGCCAACAGAUGUUUCAAAGGUACUGGCAGCGCUGGAGUCAAGAAUACAUCACUGGCCUACAGCAAACAAACAAAAAUCUUCAACCCAAUACCAUUAAAAUUGACAGCAUCGUGAUUCUUCGGGAGGACAAUUUGCCUUCCCUACAAUGGCCCCCUAGCAAGAAUAGGUGA